AUGGCGGAAGUUUUCGAUCUUGAAAUCACGACAAAUGCCACCGAGUUCCGCAUGGAAAAAAAAUAUGCUGCGACGAUUUCAUUAAAUGACUUGAAGAAAAAGCUAGAGCUUGUAGUCGGAACAACUGCCGAAUCAAUGAGAAUCCAGCUGUACGAUGGAGAUGAUCAAUUGAAGGGGGAGUUGACCGACGGAACAAAAAGUCUGAAGGAGUUAGGAGUACGAGACGGUUUCCGAAUUCAUGCUGUCGACGUGACCGGUGGAAACGAAGACUUCAAGGACGAAAGUAUGGUCGACAAGUACGAAAUGAGCGACGACGCUUAUAACAAAAGAACUGACAGUGUUCGUGCGUGGAAGAAAAAGAUACAAGAAGAACAAGGCGUAGUACCAGAACCUGUAGAAAAAAGUGACAAAUUGAAUGAAGAAGCUGCCAAGGGAAUCACGGUCGGAGAUCGGUGUGAAGUGACCGUCGGAGGUCAAAUGGCACGUCGUGGGGAAAUUGCGUUUGUAGGAACCACCAAGUUCAAAGACGGAGUUUGGGUUGGUGUGAAGUAUGAUGAACCUGUCGGGAAAAAUGACGGAUCCGUUGCUGGAGUGAGAUACUUCGAUUGUGAAGCGAAAUAUGGUGGAUUCGUGCGACCUGUUGAUGUGAAAGUCGGCGACUUUCCCGAGCUGUCCAUUGAUGAAAUCUAA